AUGUCAAGAAGAAGAGACGAAGAAGUUGAUCAAGAACUUGUUGGUGAAUUAAAGGAUGCUUUUGAUAUGUUUGAUUCCUCAAAAAAAGGAUAUUUAGAUAAAGAUGAUGUUAAAAAAUUAUUCAAAACUAAUGGUAUUCGUGUAACAGAUGAAGACCUUGAUGCUGCCUUCAAAGAAGCUGAUGCUGAUGGAGAUAAGAAAAUUGAAUGCAUGGAAUUCAUUAAUAUGAUGACUGGAAAAAUGAAAACAGCUUCAACUGAACAAAAAUUAACAGAAGCUUUUAAAGUUUUUGAUCCAGAAGAAAAAGGUGUUAUUGAUUCAAAAGAAUUAACUGAAGCUUUAUUAAAUAUUGGUGAAAGAUGUACUACUUCAGAAGUAGGUGAAUUGAAAACGGUUGCUGAAAAUCAAGAAGGACAAAUCAGAUAUGAAUUGUUCAUCCAAGCUGUCUUUGCUAAGAAGUAA